AAAGAAAAAAAAGAAACCGGUCAACGCGAGGGGAGGUGAAACUUUUAAUCGUGGUCAGUUUCGUGUAUUUUUUUUUUCAUCUGCUUUAAAAUUCCCUUCAGUGAGGAAACAGCGAGACAGUCGUAAUACUGUUGCGAAACGCGUGUGCGCGCCGUGCGGAGGAAAAUACAUGAUAAACUUGUAUGCGUAAUCUACUGUAAUAGAUACGUCGUCGCGAUGUACGUGUGACUGUUGUUUUUCCGUUUCUUUUCACAUUCGUAUGAUUCGACAAUUAUCGUGAUUGUAGAAAGCAAAUCAAAGGACUGCCAAAUGCUUGAGGCUCGAUGUUGCUGACUUGUAGUGAGGAGAAGAAAAAGAAGAAGAACAUAAAAACAAGUGCUGCGAAAUUUAGCGGAUAAUAAUCGGUGCCCGGAUAUUAGCGCCUGAUAGUUGUUGUUCCGUUAGCGUGGAACGUGAAGAGAAACAAAAAACAAAAGAAGAAAAUAAACGAUACGAAUAUCGCAACGUAUCCAAUAAGGUCGAACAAGACGGGCGUUCAAAUGGUGCGUAACUCGGUGCAGAUGGAGCAGACGUUUUACGAGGAGAGUGCGAUAUACGCGGCGGCUAAUCGCGGGGACAGCGUAAUGGGCCAGCUGAAGAGGAGCCUGACUCUGGACCUGAACGGGCAGCGCGCGACGCAGGCGAAAAGGCCGAGACUCGGGCCCCUGCCACCUGCGCUGAACAACGCAGCGCCGGUCCUGAGCUCGCCGGACAUGAACAUGUUGAAGCUGUGCUCGCCGGAGCUGGAGAAGAUGAUAAUGGCGCAGCAGAACGGCCUCGUGACGACGAUGCCGACGCCGACGACGCAGAUGCUCUUCCCGAAGACGGUUACGGAGGAGCAGGAGCUGUACGCGAGGGGUUUCGUCGACGCCCUGAACGAGCUCCACCACUCGGACAGCUCGCAGGAGCCGGGCAGCAUCCACGGGGCGACGUACACGAACCUCGAGCCACCGGGCAGCGUGCAGAGCACGGAAUCGCUGAGUCAGGGUCUGAUGAUGAUUAAGGACGAGCCACAGACGGUGCCCUCGGUGUCGAGCUCGCCGCCGAUGUCACCGAUCGACAUGGAGAGCCAGGAGCGGAUAAAGCUGGAGCGAAAGCGUCAACGGAAUCGCGUGGCCGCCUCAAAGUGCCGCAGGCGCAAGCUCGAGCGGAUAUCGAGGCUCGAGGACAAGGUGAAGAUACUCAAGGGCGAGAACAGCGAGCUCAGCGCGGUCGUAAACCGGCUCAAGGAGCACGUAUGCCGCCUCAAGGAGCAGGUCAUGGACCACGUGCACUCGGGCUGCCACAUCAUGCCCGUCAGCCAGUUCUGAGCGCUCUAUUAGAAACGAGGAUCUGACAAUUUCCUAUAGCAUGCAUUUCGACGCGGCGCACCGCUGCCGCCGCCGCCGCCGUUGCCACCGCCUACGUGACGCUACUCGGCUGAUCGCGGUGCGGGCGGCCAUCUUGGAGAACGAGACACGAAACUUGUUAAAACACGCGUCGCGCAAGCGCGUCGCCCCAGGUCGGAGUGGACGCCGGCCGUCGGCGUCGCGGAGUCGCCGAGCCUCGAUUUUAAUCACCGGUUGAUUUUUCCAAUCCGCAUCAUCGACGAUUUCUCCUUUAUAGAGGAAUCACUGCCGUGUGGCACACGACGACGCCCGAGUUCUCAUCUCGACCUGCACUCUACGCUACAUUUAAUAUUGCGUGUCGUGCGCGUUGAGUCGUUUGUGACGCGUCACGCCUGCCCCCCCCC